GUGGGUGUGUCCAUGCAAACGAGAUCAGCAUCUGAAGUCUUUUUCCACAGCUCACCACUGGAUGUCAGGGGAGAGCUCAUUCAGUCUUUGCUUACAGAGUCAAGUUGUCUCCUCUCCUUAAUUCAAACCUUGUGCCUUGGUUUUAAUCCAACCUGUCAUAAAUAGCAAGAAAUUAAAAUAGUUGGUGAAAAAAAGGUUUUUAAAUGGUUAAAUAACUAUGAGCUUUUCCAGAUCAGUGGCUGUAAUUUGCAGUGGAGUAUUGUUUAUGAAAAAGUCUCUAAUGCACUGAUGCGUUGUAUGAUAUUUUCCAUUUUUUUAGUAAAAAGAAAUCUUUGGGCCUCCAUUUGGCUAUGUGGUACCCUCAACCCAGACUCAGAUGUAGAGCUGACAAAUCUGGAAAUCAACAUGAACAUUGAAGCACGCACCUAGUAGAGCUAUGUAAGGUUUAAUUUUGUUCAGCCAGUAGCAUGAGCUGGGAUGACUUAUGUUGCAAAGAAGUGUGGCAUUCGCUUUCAGCCUCCAUCCAUUAUCCUGAUCUAUGAAGAUGAAAACAAGAAUAGAGCACGCCAGCGCAUCAUGCCUAUCCGAAAUUUCUCCAAGUUCUCAGAUUGCAGCAGGGCUGCAGAACAGCUGAAGAAUAACCCUCGGCACAAGGCUUACCUACAAGGGGUCUCACUGCAGCAGCUGCAGAAAUUAUACAGUUUGCUAAGAGGCCACUUGCAGGGAAAGAGUUUGGCCCAGAGCUUGGAGCAGAUUCAGCAGGAAGAGACCAUUGACCCAGAGGAGGACCUGAACAAACUAGAUGACAAGGAACUGGCGAAAAGGAAGAGUAUCAUGGAUGAGCUGUUUGAAAAGAACAGGAAGAAGAAGGAUGACCCAGAUUUCACCUACAAUGUUGAGGUUGAAUUCCCACAAGUUGAGCAGCUGGAAUCCUGUGGCUGGGAUGCAGAGUCGGACAAUGAGUUCUGAUAAUGGACAAGGCCUCCUAAUCAGUAUGGAGACAGAGAGAGAAAACCCAUAUUCUCAUUACACAGAGAGCACAGUUACUGUGUCCAUCAUAUCGCAUCAGUCUACAGAGCUUGACUGACACUGUUUACAAGCCAUACAACUGAUGCAUUUUACAUUGGUAAAUAAGAGAUCAGUGCCUGUGGUGUUUUAGCAGUUUGGGGAAUAGACAGACAAUUUUAAAAGUCUUAUGUGAAGCCUGAUAAAAAGGGACAUGGGGAUAUUGAAAAUUAUUUGUAAAUGGUUAGAUUUGUAGCUGUUAAGUAACUGAAAUAAUUUUAAAUCUCCAUCUUUCAGCAUUUGUUUGUUUAUACUUCAUUCAUCUUUGGCAAGGAAACUAGACUGGUUAUUUUUGUUUCUAUUCAAUUUUAUUUUAGUCCUUAAAAUACAGUGUUAAAGUUGCAAAUCUUUACAUCUAACUCAGAAGAAACAUUCAGAUUCUUAUUGCAAAUAUGUAGUAUUUUGUUAUUAGUUAGGCUUUUAUAAGUGUGUUAAUCUAUACUCUGUAUAGACAAAUCAAUAUUGCAGUGAAAAUCUUACCUUUAGAUUUCUUGAGUUGUGUUUAAAUCCACAAUCUCAGUGUUCCAUGGAUGUAUGUUUUCGUAUUUAAGAAAUAAAAUAUUUAGAAAACAGA